AUGACGUCGGAUUCCCACGAUUUGCGCCAAAGGAAACCCAUGAUGAAUAAUGAAGAGUCGUGGUCAGCAUCAUCCAGAUCAGAUGAAGAUCAAGGCCAUCAACUGCUGGACCGCCAUCGCCCUCGAGGCGGAGGCGAUCCAUUCCACUUUGGCACCUCACCCUACAACAAAGGGAAACUUGCGGACCGCUUAAGACUUCCUUCUCUUAACAGACAAGGAGGCUGGCUUCGAUCAAAAUAUUGUUUCUACAUCUCUACCCUUGCUCUGACCCUUCUAGUGACCCUCGCGAUCAUCUUGUCUAUAAAGCCUUCGGACAAUACCUUAGAUGGGUCUUCGCCUCCAUGGUACCCCACUCCACCAGGUGGUACCACCUCAGCAUGGAAGGAAAGCUAUGACAAAGCUAGUGACUUAGUGCAAAACAUGAGCUUGGUUGAAAAGGUCAACAUCACAACUGGUACAGGCUGGGGCACAAAUCUUUGUGUCGGAAACACGGGCUCCGCCAGUAUUACGGGCUUUCCUAUGCUCUGCCUGCAGGAUGGACCAUUAGGUAUCAGGUUCGCAGACAAUGCCACCUUAUGGCCUGCUGGAAUCACCGCUGCUGCUACCUGGAACAAAGAUCUCAUUUAUAAGAGAGGCAAAGGGCUUGGAAAGGAGCACCAGCGGAAGGGUGUGAAUGUGCUUUUGGGGCCUUCAAUGGGUCCCCUCGGCCGCCAGCCAGCUGGUGGACGCAAUUGGGAAGGUUUCGGAUCGGAUCCAGUCCUUGCUGGUAUUGCGGCUGCAAAGACGAUACAGGGGAUUCAAGACGAAGGCGUGAUGGCUACGGCAAAACACUUUAUUGGCAACGAGCAAGAGCAUUUUCGGCAAGUGGGGGGAGAAUGGAACGUUCCAAACGCCAUCUCUUCCAUCAUCGAUGAUAGGACGUUGCAUGAGCUCUACCUCUGGCCCUUUCAAGACAGCGUGAAAGUCGGUGUUGCUAGCAUCAUGUGCAGCUAUAAUAUGAUUAAUGACUCUUACGCAUGCCAAAAUAGCAAAUUGAUGAACGGUAUAAUCAAGGAUGAAUUGGGCUUUCAAGGUUUCAUCCAAAGUGACUGGCUGGCACAAAGGAGUGGAGUAGCAAGCGCUCUAGCAGGACUCGAUAUGUCGAUGCCCGGCGACGGACCUAAUUGGGAGGAUAAAAAUCCUUUUUGGGGACCGAAUCUGACAGGAGCCGUAUUGAAUGGGUCUAUGCCUAUAGAGAGACUUAAUGACAUGGCCACGCGAAUAGUUGCUGCAUGGUUCCAGCUCAAACAAGACAACGAGACGAAAUGGCGAAAGGCUGAUCCUGGAGAGGAUACUAGACCCAACUUUUCUUCUUUCUCAAAUAAAAGGAUAGACUUAAUCCAUCCUACCACUGAUGACAGCACAACAGCCAUUGUGAACCAGUUUCUCGACGUACAGGGAGACGGAGAGCUGGGCGACGAUGAUCAUCCGGCGUUGGCUCAAACGAUUGCCGCAGAGGGACACGUUCUAGUAAAGAAUGAGGGAGGCAUCCUGCCGAUUAACAAAUUCGGGCUGUCUGGUGGAAUGCAACCUCAACAGGGUGCCAAGUUUCGAAUAGGUGUUUUCGGUGAAGACGCAGGACCAGCAAAAGAUACGCAGUUUGGCAAAUGGCCGAACCAAUGUGAAGACAGGGCUUGCAACCAAGGUACUUUAGCUGUUGGCUGGGGGAGUGGAGCCGCAGAGUUUCCGUUUCUGGUGACCCCACUGAAAGCUCUUGAAGGUUCCUUUGACGAGGGCUCUGUGACUCUUGAAUCGAGCCUCAGUAAUAGUCCCAAAGACCUUCCUCGGGGUCUGUCAACGAUGGACUUGUGCUUCGUCUUUGUGAACUCUGACGCAGGGGAGGGUUUCCAUCAACCGGAAGGCAUCAGCGAUCGGAAGAAUCUCAGUGUGCAAAAGGAUGGCGACAAGCUCGUGAAAUCUGUUGCUAGUUCCUGCAGGCGGACUAUUGUCGUACUGCAUGCCGUAGGACCUACUGUAGUCGAGGAAUGGGCCGAUAACACAAACGUCAAGGCAAUCAUUCUUGCGAAUCUGCCCGGUGAGAAGAGUGGAUUGGCCCUGACAGAUGUAUUGUUUGAUUCGACCGGAGUCGACGCCAGCGGUAGGCUUCCCUAUACGGUCGGUAGGAAUAUUGGAGAUUAUGGCCCCGGAGCUCAAAUUAUGUAUAAAGCUCAACCUCCCAAACACCCUCGAGAAGUCUUCGCCGAAGGUCUUGAGAUCGACUAUCGGUAUUUCGAUGCUCAUUCGAUCAAACCCCGCUACGAAUUUGGUUUUGGUCUUUCUUAUACGACAUGGUCUCUCUCAGGCCUCAGCCUGACAACCCAUGUAGCCAAGUCUCCAAUGCCAUUAAAACGACCACAGCCAUCUGUGAUAGCUCCGAGCUACCCAGCGGAUCAGUCAAAGCCAAGCGACUGCUACUUUCCCGAAGGGUUUCGCAGGAUAGGCAAAUAUAUAUACCCCUAUCUCUUCGAAGGUCAAAAUACCACCAAGGCAGAUUACCCUUUUCCUAAGGGCUACAACACCCCUCAAGAGCCUUCUCAGGCGGGUGGCGGAGAAGGUGGCAAUCCUAGCCUCUGGGUUGAGCACGUCGGUAUUUCCGUCACCCUUUCCAACACCGGCAAGCGGACUGGGAAACAAGUCGUGCAGCUCUACGUCUCGUUCCCCAAUACCACAGACGGUCCCGAUAACAACAUCAAAUACCCUCCACGUGUGCUGAGAGCAUUCGAGAAGCUUGAGGUUGAAGCCGGCAAGGACUCCGUCGUAGAGAUGAACCUAACGAGAAGAGAUCUGAGUUACUGGAGUGUAUUGCAGCAGAAUUGGCUGAUGCCUAUGACCGGGCAAUUUAACAUCAGUGUCGGAUUCAGCUCCAGGGACUUCCCGCUCUCCGCAUUGUGGUGA